AUGAGCUCCUCUGCUGAGACUUCCAUUCAGGCAGACAGUUUUGGUGCAGAGAGUGGGAAGCCCACAGGCCUCCAUCCUGCAGGACAUGGAGCCCCAUGGACCUGGGGCUUGAGUCUGGGCCUGGGACUUGACUUGGGACUGCUGCGUAGUGGGGAGGGCAUGGACAGCCUCCCAGACUUUGAGGCCUGUGGGUUUGACUUUGAGGCAGAGUGGGAACAGUUAGAGGCGAGAAGGACACUGCUUCCUGGUUGUGAAGGCAGAUCUGGCUCCCCGGCUGAUGAGAGGGACCUUCAGGACUUCAUGCCCUACCUCUCUGUGGAGUCUGAGACCAUCAUGCAGCAGCUGAUGGGCCCAGAGACAUGGGGCGCCCUCAGAUACCCAUCUCUGGAAAGGUCCACUGCUGAAGCGUCCACCAUUUGGGCAGAGGCAGACGCAGACUUCAGCACAAUAGGCACGCUGGCCUCAAGCUGUGUGGAGGCUCAGCAGGUCUCUGCCGCCCCUCUGAGCCACCCCAGUCGGCCCAAGGGGAGCCGGGCCUGGAGGAAGUCCAAGAGAGGCACCAAAAGUCGGGUGGUGGGCAGCGGGGAAGCCCAGCAGCCCUCUUCCAAUCCUGAGUCUUCAGAUGAGCUCAGUGAGAUACAGCUGAUGAGGGUGAGCAUCUGCCCCAAAGGAGGAGGCCAGGCCAGGUCCUGCAGCCCCAGGGAACCCGGAGACCCAGCCAGACGCUCCAGUGUUCAUAACAGGGAGAAUAUUUUUUCCCCUCUGCUGACCUCCGCUCCUCGCGGACUCCCCUCAGGCAUGGACAUGCAGGCCUUGGGAGAGCUGGAAGCUGGCUCCUCCAAGAAAAUGCAAAGUGUGCUCUGGGGCAAGGGAGGGAGCAGGUCCAACUACCCAGGAGCAGCAGCUGCAGGGAGCCUGCCCAGGGCCACUCCUAGGAAGAAAGACAUCCAGGAGAAGAAAUCCCUGGGGGGUGGCUUGGUGACCCUGGGUGGGGCCUUCUCUCUGUGGGGGCAAAGACUUAAGGCAACUCCCCUGGAACUGGCCACCUUCCCUCCAAUUGGGGUUCCACUGCUUGGGAGGUCCAAGAGGUAUUCCUUCUUGCCCUUGGAACCCAAACAGCCCAAGCACAGCAGCACUGGGAGGAGAACUGUGGCCAAGAAGACAGGAGAGUUGGAGCCUGUGACCAGUGAAAAUAAGGACCCAAAUAGAAAUGCUGUCCCGCAAGCCCAGGAUGCCAAAUCGGGGGGUCUCUGUAGCCCGGGCAGACAACAAGAAAGCAUUCAGCCAGGGAAACCUUGUGUGUUCAUGCAUUGUGGAGAAUUCAGCAGUGGUGAACCGAACCCCAGAGUUCCCCAACCAUCAGGAAGCUCCCAGCCCUUGGACUCCAGCCUUGCACCCUCUGGUGAGCAGGAUCCACCUGUGCAGACCCUGGUUCUGGAAAGGCAGCAGCAACCACCUGGAGCACAGGGCUGUCCCCGGUGUGUGCUGCUACGGAAAGAAAUAGAUGAUCUCAAGGAGCAACUAGGUAUGACAAAGCCCAGGCGGGUACAGGGACUGGGGCAGAGGCAGACCUCAGUGUCUCCAUGCAGGUUCCUGGGGCUGGGCUGGGCUGCAGCGGUCAUGCAUUCCCUCGCUGACAAGUUCCAGGACCUUGAAAUUGAACCUGGCAUUGUGGUACAUGGCAAGCAGCUGGUACCAGUGGAGCCCACGAGCAGCGACCCAGCUGGUUCUUCUUCAGCCAGGCCCCCCUGCCGACUCACAGCAGUUUCAUAUUAA